AUGAUUAAAUUAUUAUUUGAUGAAACAACGAAACUACCUUUACAAAUUCAUUCACAGAAGUCUAAUCUAUUUAUGUACAAAGAUUAUUUCCAUUCUUGUCUUUUAAAUUUUGUAUUAAAUAAUCUAACUUCCAAUCAAUUUACAAUUUAUCUCGAUGAUGCCGUCGAUAUAGGGGAAUAUCAGGAUGUUUUAUUUACAAUUUUAUUAAAUGGAGGAAAUAAAUUUUCUAAGAUUUGUUAUAGAAAUCGUAAAUUGACAGAGCUUUAUAAUCUUAUUAUACAGCAUAUAGAAACAUCAAAAAACUUUUCCAAAAUGGUUAGGGAAAUACUAUUAGUUGAUGUUUAUGGACGUCUUAUGUUAAGUGACAGAGCAGAAAAUAUUGAUAUCAACGUUGAAAACUUCACUUUAAAAUCUACAAAAUAUCAACUUUCCAAUAAAUACAACCCAGAAAUAAAGUUUUCUGUUUAUAUUGAAGAGAUUUAUGUUAUUAACAAUCAGCCAAUUUCCGAUAUUGAAAUUAAAAGAAUUAAUUAA